AUGCGCUUUGAGUUUCCAGGAAGCGUCCUCUUUGGCGCCCUUGCCAUGGGGCUCCUGGCCCCUCUUGCUGAAGCGAAAACAUGUUUCAUGUUGUAUCAGAUGGCUGAUAAUAACCUCGAGUACUACCUCCGCCAGGAUUACGAAGAAUUGACCAAUUCUGGAGUCAUCCGAUCGGGUGAUCUCCGGACUUGGAUAUAUUACGACGCGCUGAACCAGGGAGGAGAUCCUUUGCCUAACACUGUGGAUGAAGGCGGCAAUCCCCUCACUCAGACGUUUACGGGUAGCCGCUACCUCACUUGGGAUGCUAGUCUUAAUGGCGGAGCUGGGGGUAUGAAGGUGGACCGGACACUCCAGGGGGAACAGAACAGUGAUACUCAAGCUGUGAUUCAAGCGUUUUUGACCCAUGCUCUUCAGGAUUGUCUCGCGAACGGAUACGACAGUCUCAUGGCCAUCUUCUCAUCUCACGGAGGCGGAUUCGCUGGCUAUGGUGGAGACGAGAAUACUCGUCGAAAGCUCUUACAAACUAAUCAAGGCCUCGUCAAUGCCAUCCGUGGCGCUCUCGAUGCCAAUGGGAUAUCGGGAAAGCUGGAUGUUGUGGGGUUUGAUGCGUGCCUUAUGCAAGCUGUUGGAGCCGCUGACGACUACAAGGCUGUUGCUUCUCAUAUCCUGGCGAGUGAGGCCGUGGAACCUGGACAUGGCUGGGCCUACUCCUUUUUGAAUUCGGCCACCGAUGCCCUCGAUCUUGCCGUCCAGAUUCUGAGGACAUUCAUUGCGGAAACUCAAGGAGGGUCGAGCCAUCAGAGUCCCAAGACUAUGGCAAUUGUCAACACUGACAAAUUCCUUAAUUUCCUGGCUGCCUUUGAGAACUUUAGCAAAGAUCUUCUGAGCGAGUUAAAAACGGGAGACUCUUCUCUCCACGCAUUUGUGUCACGAGCUCGGGCUUCAGCAGUUGCAUUUGAAGGCAUUGUAGACGUUGUUGGAACCUUGCACCCAUCUGGGCUUGACAUCGGAAGCUUCUUGGAAGGUUUCAAGGCUAUGUGCAAUCCCAACAGUGUCCUUGGUGGCGACCUGGACACCGCAAUUGCGAACUAUGACGGUAUGUUUGUCGAAGUGGGCAUUGGACAAGGAACUCAACAGGGAACAGGCAUGCACAUCACUUGGCCAAACCAGGCAGAAUACGUAAACAACCAAGGUCUCUGGGACCAGGUACUCUUCAACAAUGAGAACUACGUAACUGAAAUCACUCCCCAAUUCCGCGCUUUCUUGGAGUGGUUUUUGCCGUCGGGUUCACCAAACGGAAACGGAGCGAACUCGGUCUGCCAGGAGAGCGCAACCGCCCCGGGAAACGCCAACGGGAACCAGAACGGCGGUGGCAACGGGAACCAGAACGGCAACCAGAACGGCAACGGCAAUGCUCUUCUCAUUUCUGAGUCUACUUCCGAGGAUAGUGCAGGCAACUUCAACGUAGAAGCACAGAUUUCUUCAAAGGUUUCUCAAGUGCUUGUGGAAUACGGCAUUGAUCUGUCAACACCCUUGAAGCCUGUCUUGAGGGAAAAGGGCUACGAGCCAGAAGAUGAUGAGUACUUGUAUCUUUUGGGCGGAGAUGUUUAUGGAAACUAUGCUGGCUCCUCAUUUGAUGCGAGCUGGGAUCAGAAUUUUUACUUCCUCAACAUUUCUGGAUCAGAUGCCUAUGAGGCCCUGUAUGUGUUUGAUCAGGGCGAUGGCUCCAAAAAGGUUCCCACAAUGUACUUCCCCGAGGCGAAAAGGAAAGAGGUUGCCAAUCUUCAGUUCCUGGACUUCUUGUUUUUCGAAUUUGACUACUGGGUAGAACAAGGUGCUCGAUUCAGCUUCCUCAAGUUCUCUGUCGAUGAAGCAGUUGGAAGGAUCAAUAACAACCUCGCACUGUACAUCGCCAAUGAUGCUGGAUCUUUCUCGGAACAACCAAGGAGUGCCGGUGGCUUGUUGAUCCCACUAAUUUACAUUGAUGCUUACAUCCAAGGACGAACACUGGACACGCUGCCUGGAGGUUUCAACCAGACUGUGAUCGAAUGGAAGGAGACCAUUGAUUACAAUGUGCUCACCACCCCUGCCGAACGCAUCUUUGAUGUGAUUCCAAGCACUGAUGCUGUUGUCAUAAACAUGUAUGCUUUCGACCUUGGUGACCACCAGAGGCCUCCGGAUGUCCGCUACUAUGAUGUGAUUCGUCCCAGCAAGGCCAGCAGUGGAUUCACAGUGGAAGGUGUUGACGAUGGCGCAGACGCUCCAGAACCGGUAUUUACGGAGUUCUCAAGUGCAUCUCGCCUUUCAAAUGGGCUGGCUUUUAUGUUUGUCUUGCUCUUCACGGCACUCUGGUAG